CACACACACACACAUAGGUCUAAUGUGAUCACAUGGGGUAGGAUUUCCGUCCCCUCACAGAGGCACACUUUCACAUACAUACACAAAGUGACACACACACACACAUGCACACACACACACACUCGCCCUCACAGUCACUUCUCCACCACAGAGGACUAUGCAGCUGUGAGCGAGUGAGCGAGGAGGAACGCUGAGAGCCGAGAGCAGAGCAGAGCCGCCAAGCCAACACCAUGACCUCCACCCUGAGCUUCAGGACGCUGGUGCGCCAGGACAGCCAGAACAGCCAGAGCAGUAGCACAGGUCGGGAGGGCAGCCUGAAGAAGAAGCAUCGCCUCUGGCACCGCAACUCCAUCAACAGCAAGGGCAGCCUGAAGUCCCGCUCCACAGGGGACGGAGGGUUAGCUGCACGGAGACAGUUUGAACGAAGCCGCUCAAACUCUCUGGUGGACUACUCUGAUCCUUUAAGGACUACGGUGGUGCUGGAAAAACAAGACAACGAAGUGUAUGGCUUUGAAGUUCAGACGUAUGGUGUGCAGGUGAAGAACAGCACGGUGUUGGAGAUGUGCACCUUCGUGUGCACCGUGCAGCAGGAUGGCUCGGCUGAGACUGCAGGCCUGUGUGCUGGUGAUGUCAUCGUCACGAUUAAUGGCAUCAGUAUCGAGGGUUCGUCACACCAAGACAUCAUUGCUCUCAUCCGGGAGUCCACCAAUGUCCUAAAAUUGGAGACUGUAAGUGGGACUGUGGUGAAGAGGAUUGAGCUGGAUAAGAAAUUGAGCUUGCUCAAGCAAACUUUGCGUGAGAGAUGGGUGGAGCUGCAAGCCCUCACUCAGCAGGAAAAGCGUCUUACUAGAGGUAACCUGGUGGACAGCACCAACAUGCCAUCGCUGGAGUCCCUCAUGUCCCUGGCGUCCCCGGCCAGCCACCGAGGCCUGCGCGUCUCCAGCAACAGCAGCAGCCGCAGCGCCCUCAUAUCCGACAGCGAGGACAUCUCACCCGUGUUCGACUCCUCCUUCGAGUGCUCCAGCCCCUUCAGUCCCCUCACUCCCACCAACGGCGACUCCCAGUACCAGCCCGCCUUCUUUGGGUCUGGUACCGGGACCGGGACCGGACCUCGCGCUCGACAUUCGCCGCUCACUCGCACGCACAGCAUGAGCAACGGCUGCAGCGGUAAUGGUGGUGGCAACGUCAGCAGCGGCGGUAGCACCAGCAGCUGCGGCUCUCCCUCACCCACCUGGAGUGCCAACCAGGCCAUGUCGCUGUUCGGGACCCUGCCCAGGAAAGGCCGCAAGCAGGGUAGCGUCCGCAAGCAGUUCCUCAAGUUCCUCCCGGGGAUCAACCACUCGGUGGAGGAGGAGGAGGUGACCAGCUGAGACAUGUUACAUUAUGUUGUAGUGGACCAGCAAAGGGUGUUGAUGCCCAGGACUGAACACUACCAAUCCACUCAUGACUCCACACAGAGAGAGAGAGGGAGAGAGAGAGAGAGAGAGAGAGAGAGAGAGAGAGAGAGAGAGAGAGAGAGACUGAAGAAAGAAAGAAAGAAAGAAAGAAAGAAAGAAAGAAAGAAAGAAAGAAAGAAAGAAAGAAAGAAAGAAAGAAAGAAAGAAAUUACAAAUGUGAAUGUACUGUAAGGUAGAGACAAGUCAGCCACUGGACUUGGUGCAUUAAAGGACACAGCAUUACAGCUCCCCUACUUGUAUGCCUUGCUUUAAAAACGGAGUCACUAAAGGCAACCAUGCGUACUGUAUGGUGAAACAAUGAGCCCUCACUGAGAGCAGCCUGCACCUGCUGAAGAGGAUCGCUUUUACAGUCACUGUGACAAUGAGGGAACAGAGAAAGACAUCUAAGCAAUCUUUAGCAGGGGAAAGGGGAAUCAAAGCAGGGCAUCAGCAAGCAGCCAUCCAGAAUUCACAGCUUGUCGUUUACUGUAUGCAAGCCAGGUCUGGACUGGGACCAAAAAAAUAAAUAAAGUGCCCCCCCAUCCAACUACAGUACAUACAAAUUGGGUCAGUCCAAUAUUAACAUCAAUGGGGCACCCACCCUAAAUUGUGUCUGGUCUCCAAGAAGAAGAAGAAGAAGAAGAAGAAGAAGAAGAAGAAGAAGAAGAAGAAGAAGAAGAAGAAGAAGAAGAAGAAGAAGAAGAAGAAGAAGAAGAAGAAGAAGAAGAAGAAGAAGAAGAAGAAGAAAAAAAGACAGUAGUGGACCCCACCUGCAAAUGCCCUGUAUGCCCGAUUACCAGUCCAGGCCCAGAACAGGCAGUUGAAACUUGAAAUCUCCAUGCACUUAUAAAAAGACUGUGCAGUAAAUCUACAACAUUGCACUAUUUGUGUGUUCAAAAUAUUGCAUCAAGGGCUCAAGAGAAACAAGAAACUCAUUAAGUCAUUUUUGUGCAUUUGUGGCUUGAAAUGAUGCAUCGGAUGAAUUCACUUGGUUUCCAGAUGUAACCCCAGUUGUAAAGAGGAUGGCAUUAGCAGUAGUAGGGAGGGUUAGCAGCAUUAAUGGACUUUUCAGUGCUUACAGCACCACAACUACUUUGUUUCCAGUUCUUCUUUGUAUUAAAUAUGUAGCCAUUAACCCAUUUUAGCCAAAGCCCUUUUUGGGAAAACGUGCCCUCUCCUUAUUAAAACCUACAUAUGCAGCCUCCGAAGCAUAUAAAAAAGAUGAAAUCAGUUGCAUUUAAAAUCAAGAACCUUCAUUUUGUGCUAGAAUGUGUUCAUUCAGCUCUAACAUACUCACAUUUUUAAUAAAACAGCUAGAAUCUCAAGAACCUCAAUGCAAUGUAUAUGUUGCUCCAGGACACAAUGGGUUAAACUAGGUUAAUGAGUUCAUUUCAGGGAAUUCUACAUUCUGGCUUGGAUAUGUACUGCAUGCCCUAUUGAAAAAAACUGCACUGUAUAGCGGGAAAGCUGUGUUUUUUUUAUCCUACAACAUCCCACUAUCUGUGUGUUCAGAAUAUUGCAUUAUGCUGGUAAAUGCAGUAUAGUGCAAAUUUUUUUCAAUUAAUUUUCAUUUCGUAAUUUUUGCAUUUUCUGCAACAAUAUGGUAGCAGUGAUAAUAUACUGCAGCAAGACUGUUGGUGGAAAAAUAGCUGCUUCGAUACUGCAGUAGUGUUUUUGGUCAUAAAGGUGGUUUACAGUAAAUCACUAAGAAGAGGCAAAUUAGCUGUUAGCUUUCCUUUGAAGCACCUCUGUCCAAUCAUAUUUGUCACAGCCAGGACAGAUUCGUCUUCCGAUAGCAACAGUCUGACACAGAAAAAAGCUGCAGAAAUUGAAACCGCAUGGCUCGUGUGAAGUGAACUUCAAAACAGGAUGUGGCCCUUCACGGUGCUAUCCUCCAGACUCGUUUUUUUUUUUCUUUUCUUUUUCUUCUUUCUCGUUGCUGCUCUUUGGCAUACGUGCAAUCAGUCAUACCUUCACCUUGUUAUACGGCAAGGCCUUGUUAAGCACAACAGGGACCAAUGCUCUUUCAACAGGUUCACAGUUUUUUUUUAAACGGUCAAAACCAGAGACAGCCUGUCAGAGGCAAUUUGGGCUAUUGGGGGCCCGACUAACCUCCUGACAUAGUCAAUCCAUCCUAUUGAGAGGGAAAUCGUUGUCAAUCUUGUGAAUGUGGUGCCUGGCCUGUAGUAGGUUUUUGCUUGAGAGAUCAAUCCUCUUGAUGUGUUAUCGUUUCUCCACUAGAGGGAGUAGCAGUGAAAUUAGCUGAUAAAUCUAUUUGGGUUUUACUCAAGAAUUAAUGGAGAAAGAAGGGAUGUCUUAUAAGUUCUGUUUCUCCUUUGCAAAACAACUCUCUUACCCUGCUCCUUAAAAAGGUCUUUCUUUGGCAAAUAAUGUGAUGACCAAGGUCUAUUGCGGACUAGGUGAUGUGUAAAUAUGCAUAAACAGGACUGCUGACAGCUUUGGCUGGGCCCAGGACAAAAGCAUCUGAAAGGCCCCCACACUCAGUACAUGCAAUGUAAUGGGGACCCACUUCUGGGCUCAGGACUACCAACCCCUUUGUCCCCUUCUGUUGACUUCCCUGGUUGAAUAUAAUCACACCAGAAGGGAAUGGUUAGAAGAAAAGGGUGUGAGUUGUUUUUUAUCCCUAAAGAGCUAAAACUCAUUAUGCGGUCACUGUGAGAAUGACCUCAUUGUAGGGUCAAGUGUAGAUAUCACACCUCCCCCUAGUGUUGAACUAUGAGGGGCCAGUUCUGUUUGCGUUUUCAUGGCUCAUAAAAAUAUGACUGACAGCCCUGUGUUUCUUGUGAAUUUAAAAUAAAUUGGUAUUUUAUAUGUGUGUACAUUUGUAAAAAAGGUUCUUUUUAAAAUAAUAAAAAGUUAUUUUUAUGAAAAUGUGCUGUUGUCUCGUGUAUUUCUUCUACUCUGGAAUGAAUGACCAAGAGGCAUGGCUAAGUAAGUCAAGUCUGUAGGCAAGUGUGUUGUGCUGACACACACAGGCCCUUCUUGCCUCAGGAUGAAAAGCUGCCCUGUGUGCAUUUUUAAAAAAUUGCAUCAAUAAAUUC